AUGUCGAACAAAAUACCUCUUACUUUUCUUACAUUACCGACACUUACCACAUUACAUCGCAAAUGGCCUAAACUCGGAGAUGUUGGAGCACAACACCUAGCAGAUGCAUUACGCAAUAAUAAGACACUUACCACCUUAAGUUUUGAAUACAAUGAAAUCGGAGAAGUUGGAGUACAACAUCUAGCAGAUGCAUUACGAAAUAAUACGACUCUUACCAAAUUAAAUCUCGACUCGAAUAAAAUCGGUGAGGUUGGAGCACAGCAUAUAGCAGAUGUAUUACGAAACAAUAAAACCCUUACCGAAUUAAAUCUCGGAAGCAAUAAAAUUGGAGCUGAUGGAACGCACUAUCUAGCAGAUGCAUUACGAAAUAAUACGACUCUUACCAAAUUAAAUCUCGAAUCGAAUAAAAUCGGUGAGGUUGGAGCACAGCAUAUAGCAGAUACACUUACCGAAUUAAAUCUCGGUGACAAUCGAAUCGGAGAUACUGGAACACAGCAUCUCGCAGAUGCAUUAAGAAAUAAUACGACACUUACGACAUUAGAUCUCGGAUUAAAUCAAAUCGGAGAUGUUGGAGCACAGCAUCUAGCAGAUGCAUUACAAAAUAAUACGACAUUUACCACAUUAAAGCUCUGGUGCAAUGGAAUCGGAGAUGUAGGAGUUCAACAUCUAGCAGAUGUAUUACGAAAUAAUAAGACACUUACGACAUUAGAACUCAAAAUAAAUCAAAUCGGAGAUGUUGAAGCACAGCAUCUAGCAGAUGCAUUACAAAAUAAUAUGGUAACUAUCAUUCUCUUCCACAUCUAUCUUAUAUAUGCAUCUGCACUUUUUCUUGCAGACACUUACCGAAUUAAAUCUCCUGGGCAAUCAAAUCGGAGAGAAACUCCAGGUUGA